CUCCAGUAACUCCCUAGGUACCUACACCAGGUAGGCUCUAAGCUUACAUACAUCGCCUAAUAACUGUGAAUUUGAAAAGGAGCUCAUAUCUCAAGAGUAACUGCAUCUGGAACUGGUCUGGGAUUACGAAAGGGAGUUGAUUCUCAAGGACUGCGGGACUGCCUGCAGCUGUCUUUUACCCUAACGGCGUGGAUCAUCUGACAAAAAAUAUCUAAACGUUUCUCUGUGUGCCUAAUACAUGGUUGCUAUGAUUUGGGUAGGUACCUGUUACAUGUAUCUUGUCACGGCGGCCCGGCCCCGGCCCCAGGACCUGUCGUUCUUUCCUCCAAGGUACAUAUAACGUUUGGCACCUGCCACUAAGUUGUAGUUUUGUAUUGCUCAGCUGCUGCACUUAACAUGUAGGCACCCCGCUUUACCUUUCGUUCCUGCAGCAGCUGAACGCCGUAGGGCUGCUAAAACGUCACGCUUAGCACUUGCCGGUUCGUCAACCCCUACGGACGUAGUUGCCAUUGAUGCCUGUAAACAAUAGUUUAAUUCGGAUUUCUUCUAGACUCUCAUCGCCGAUUUUAAUUUUCUACCUUGCACAAUUAAACUCGACGAAUUCUUUUUGAACAUAAAUUCACCAAUAUUUGUCCAAGGGGGACCUUUUGGUGGCUGACGCGGGAAGCGAUCAAUCAAGAUGUCUUUCGGCAAUCUCCCUUUCGAGCUGGCCAAGGAGGUGGGAAAUUAUCUCGACGAUAAAGACUUGUCUUCCCUCUCUCGGACCUGUAGAGACCUCCAUAAUCUAUUCACAGACGCCUUGUACAGUCGACACCAACUCGACCACGAACUCAUGUAUUACUCUGUCGAAGGCGGGAACAUAGGCGCCGUGAGAUACUUACUCGAAGCUCACGCCAGUCCCAACAUUGCCAUGUCCUCGGUACAAAACAGACAGUCAUUGGGUGCAUUUCCCCUAAAUACUCUCGGCCCACGAACCAGUAUAGAUCUGCUCAAACCUGGGCAACCUAAUCCAAGCCGCCGUGGUGGACCUCGUGUUCGACUCCUACCAAACUACUGGACUCCCUUGCACGUCGCUGCGAGCAUGGGAAGAGAUGACAUGGUUGACCUUUUACUUCAGCAUAAGGCCAAGAUUAGCGUAUUCUCCAAAGGAUUUUGCGGUUGUUCCCUGCCAAACGAGGAUCUGGAAUUCAAUGCAGAGAACCAUGUUACCCCUCUAUGGACGCCUCUUCAUACCGCAAUCUGUCACGGGCAUGAAUCGACGGCGAGACUCCUACUAUCUCACGGAGCCUCAACCAACGUCUCUCGGAAUUCUCUUCGCGUCACUGCUCUCCAUACGGCCUGCUGGUCUAACAAUGCUCCUAUAAUCCGAUUCCUUCUGAACGAAGGCCAUCAGACAAAUAUCAAUGUCCGAGACCAAAAGGGUUACACGCCUAUGGCGUACGCGUACUAUGCUGAUAGUUGGCGCUCUAUUUAUUUCCUAGCGCAUGCUGGGGCUUCGCUGAACAUCACCCUGGGACCCUACAACCUUGUCGAACAUGCCUGCCUUCGUAGUCGGUUUUACGACGCCCUUCGAUUUAUCAACUUAGGCAUGGACUUGGAUAAAUCUUCCGUUGUGAACCUCGAGGUUAUGGAUACGGCUUCAGCAUUGCUGUUCCGUUGCUGCAAAUUUGAGGUCCCGCAGAGCAGGAGUCUAUGGAAAGGUUUCCGUAUCAGCCACGAGGGAGAGUCGGAUCAGGAGGAGUUCAGAACCGACGUCAUUCAAGCCCUUAUCUUCGCAGGUGCUGACGCAGGGGUUCGAUGCCAAGAAACCAUGCCCGAUCGCAGCACCAGGAUCACGACCCCGCUCAUAGUUGCUUCUCAGUAUGGCCUCGAUGAGGUUGUCAAAACCUUGCUCGACGCGGGUGCCGAUAUCGAAGCGGUGGAUGACGGUGGUAAUACUGCCUUGAUGAUGUUUUGUAGAUACGAAGGAAGGUUUCAUCAGAGGUCCGAGGAGGCGAAGCUAAGCACUAUGACAACACUACUAACCCAUAAGCCGCAAAGUUUUGAUAAUAUCCGCCGGGCUCUGAAGACGGCCUUGAGAUGCUCUCUCAACACGCAGAUGGUGGAACUGCUUAUCAAACACGCGAGUCCUGGCAUCUUGGAUGACGAGGGCAGCUCUGAACUACUCAUGGAGGCGUUGAGUCAUGUAAACUAUGCCAUUGCCGAUUUUCUUAUGGAGAGCGGACUCAGAAAGCCCACUUCGGUAGAGAUCGACUCCAUCAUAGCCAAGUCAGCGAGAUCUGAAAAGACCACGGUUAUGGCUUAUCUUUCAAGGUUUCCGCAAUCAUACGAUCUGCUAAGGGACCCGAACCGUCUUCUCGACUACAUCAGGAAGGGACAUACCGAAUGCGCCCGGUUUAUGAUCAAGCUCGAAAUGCCGGCUAGCUGCGAGAUCUUUCUAGUAGAAGCCUGCGGGACCGGUAAUUCCGAGAUUGUUGGUCUGCUUCUGAAGAAGGGAGCCGAUCCGAACCGAUCCUCUGGCACUGAUCUUCCUCUAGUCAAAGCUAUUUUAGGAAAUCAUCCACUUGUUGUUCGUCUGCUUUUAGAUCACGGCGCUAUCACUAGCCGCCGGGACUUUGAUGCCUUGAACCUCGCAAUCGUACGCGGUAAGAAAGAUGCCGUCAGCGCGAUUCUCGCCCACCCCAGCUACCGAGCGACCGAAUCGGAGCGCACUGCCUAUCUGGAAGCUGCUUGUUGCGCGAGCCCAGCUGCGUUCGGCCGAGGCGAGAUAUUGGGUUUGAUACUAGAAUCCGCAAGCCCUAACGUGGUACUACCGAUGGCCGCUGCAACGCCUUUGCACAUGUGUAUAGCGCGAGGUCAGGAUGAUUCGAUCCGCGUCUUGCUCAACGCCGGCGCGAAUAUACACAUGCAACUCGGUCCGGACGACUGCUCAUCGGCAGCUGCUAUGAAUCGCUUUUGGGGAACGACGCCGCUAGAAUGGGCGAUCAAAAAUUCGCCCAUCUAUGUGAUCGCUAACGUGCUGCGUACCGGUAGUUUUCUGGACCUCCAGGUUCGUUUCACUCUACGCGAGUUUUGCCACCCGCGACAAGAGGCGGCGCAACUGCGCUAUAUCCGAGCCGCUUGUCGGAGAUACGACCCGGAGGUAAUUGGACUCCUACUUCGACACGAGAUCCCCCUCCAACUACGCGACAACGAGGGAAAUUCUUUCUUGAUGAUAUUCUGCCAAACUAUCGUGAGCAUCUGGCAGUCCGAAGAUCCGGACCGGCGGGCAGAUUCGACCGGUGAGAAGUCAGCUAGAUGCAUCAUCGCCCUGCUCAAGGGCGGCGGCGAUCCGCAGAAUAUAAGCAACCCGCAGCAGAAAAACAACGAAGGCGUCUCCGCCUUAGAUUAUAUACGUCGCAUCAUGACUUACGAAGGACCUAGCCACUUUCACCAGGUGGUUGCAAAGGCGUGGAAUAGGGAACUGAUCCUCGACGACGAAGGCGUCCGCGAGAGAGGUUAGCAAUGUAGCCGAAGUUGCUUCAAGUACGUCCGGAAUCGAACCCUCGUCGAGUAUCUAAGCAACCGCGCUCGUUCAGACUUUGCAUCAGACGAAUAUCUAUUUUAUGUAGCCUUUAGGUACGAGUUUGGCCGAACCGCCCCCGAACGGACUCUCCCGAACCUAGGUAGCUAGCUAGGUAGAUAAUUCGACGAACGCGCUGACUUACAAUACGACACCGGACAUCGCUA